AUGACAGAGACUUGGAAUCACGCAGCUCUACUUGUAAUUGGCAUGCAGAAAGAUUUUAUUGAUGAAGAGAGUCCUGUAAGAAUAGAAGGAGGGAAAGACAUUGUUCCAAACGUGAUUAAGGCUGUGGAAGUUGCUAGACAGCGUGGAAUUCUCAUUGUUUGGGUAGCACGGGAACACGAUCCCUUAGGAAAAGAUGUUGAACUCUUUCGCCGACAUCGAUAUACUGCAGGGAAAGUUGGUCCUGCCUCUGUAGGAAGCAAAGGUGCUGAGUUAGUUGAUGGACUAGUCUUUAGAGAAGGAGAUUAUAAACUUGUGAGGACAAGGUUUAGUGCAUUCUUUGCUACACACCUUCAUUCAGUUCUUCAAGGAGCAGGGAUCAAUACAUUGGUAGUCACUGGUGUUCAAACUCCAAACUGUAUACGGCAAACUGUGUUUGAUGCUGUAGCAUUGGACUAUCAACACGUGACUGUUCUUGUUGACGCUACUGCAGCAGCCACACCUGAUAUUCAUCGCACCAAUGUGUAUGACAUAAAAAACAUUGGAGUUGCAACACCGACAUUACAAGAAUGGAGCGAAAUAAAAGCUUGA